UUGAGUGUACUAACCAAGAUCAACAAGAAACAUGAAACUGCACAUGAAGUUCACCCACAACAUAGACACACAACUUGAAGUUUGAAUCAUUGAAUAGCUACAGGAUGUAGGUCGUUCCAUCGAUCUAGAAGUAAUUCGGAGAGGCCUAUGUUCGUGAUCACCGCUCUUAUCGCCGUGGCUGCUGGAGCUCGCCUGGAGCACCUGGAACGCGCCUACCUCCCUCCUUUCCAAGGAGGUGUUGGUGGUCAAGGCGCUCAAGGUUCCUUCGGAGGUAACUCUGGAUUUGGUGGAGCUGGUGUAGACUCUAACGUUGGCAACGCUUUCCCUGGUGCUACCUCCAACCAAUACCUGCCUCCUGACCAUGGACCCUCUGGAUCCAACGGAUUUGGAGCUCAAAACUACCGUGGCCAGCAGUACAACGGUUUCCAAGCUCCUCAACAGUACCAGCCUAACUCCUUCGGUGCCAACUACCAGGGCCAGUACGGCCAGCAAUCUGCCGCCACCAACCGUCAGUACCUGGCUCCUAACUCCGGCUCCUACCAGGAACCUCCCCAACAAGCCUUCGACGAACAAACUGGAUACCACUACUAAGCAGCUCCGUGCACUUAAUUAUUUUAGUCAAAUAAUUGUGAUAAAAUAAAGAGUAAAAUACUUUUGUGAAGAAAAUUUUAAAGGCAUAAUUUAAUAGUGAUUCAAAUUCAAAUAUGUAAAAGUUUUAAGUGAAUAAAUAUAGUACAAAACA